AAAAGCCGCCAUCUAAUGAGGAGCGAGGUGCGGGGCUCCGGAGCGUGCGCUUCCCGCGGUGCCAUCUAGUCCUGCGGGAGGCAUCCCGGACCCACACCGCGGCCGCCCAAGCCAGUGAAAGUCCCAGGGGCCUGAUAUCGCUCCCAGCGCUCGAGGACCGAGGCCUGCUGUGGAGGACACCGUGCUCCCUCGGGACCUGUUUUGGAUUCCGGCCCGGGCGUCCCCUUGGAGCUCUGCAUCUCCAACCUGGAACCCAACCCAGAAGGCUCAAAUUCGACGCAUCACGUGGCGAGCGGAUCCACUGAGGGUCCACAGAGAGGGGCGCCCAUCUCCUGCAUCUCAGUUAUCCCGGUGUUGGGAAUUCUGUGCCCUAAAGAAUUCCGACUCAGAUCCAAACGGCAAUCUGGUGGAGUUGAGGGUGAAAGGCCAGAGGGACGAUGUUCUACUAUCCCAACGUGCUUCAGCGCCACACCGGCUGCUUUGCCACCAUCUGGCUGGCAGCGACGCGCGGCAGCCGGUUGGUGAAGCGCGAAUACCUGAGGGUGAAUGUGGUGAAGACCUGCGAGGAAAUCCUCAAUUAUGUGCUGGUACGAGUGCAACCCCCGCAGCCCGGCCUGCCACGGCCCCGCUUCUCCCUUUAUCUCUCAGCCCAACUUCAGAUCGGUGUGAUCCGCGUCUAUUCUCAACAAUGCCAGUACCUCGUGGAGGACAUCCAGCACAUCUUGGAGCGCCUCCACCGUGCCCAGCUGCAGAUCCGAAUAGAUAUGGAGACUGAGCUACCCAGCCUACUGCUUCCUAACCACCUGGCCAUGAUGGAAACCCUAGAAGAUGCUCCAGAUCCCUUUUUUGGGAUGAUGUCUGUGGAUCCCAGACUUCCUAGUCCUUUCGAUAUCCCUCAGAUUCGACACCUCUUAGAGGCUGCAAUUCCAGAGAGAGUUGAAGAGAUCCCUCCUGAAGUCCCUACAGAGCCCAGGAAGCCAGACAGGAUUCUGGUCACUGUGCUGCCCCCUGAGGCCAUCACGAUCCAGGAGGCAGAGCCCAUACGGAUGCUGCGGAUUGAGGGUGAACAGGAGCUCCCAGAGGUCAGCCGCCGAGACCUGGACCUGCUGAUCGCAGAGGAAGACGAAGCUAUCUUGUUAGAAAUCCCCCGGCUCUCACCUCCAGCUCCUGCAGAGGUGGAAGGAAUAGCAGAGGCACUUCCAGUCCUGGUCCCUGAGGAGCUGAGGCCGACAGGCUGGGAGCCUGGGGCCCUACUCAUGGAAGUGACCCCCCCAGAGGAACUGCGUCUGCCAGCCCCACCCAGCCCAGAGCGGAGGCGGCCCCCAGUCUUCCCACCUCCUCGCCGCCGUCGUCGCCGGUUACUGUUCUGGGACAAGGAGACUCAGAUCUCCCGGGAGAAAUUCCGGGAACAACUGCAAACCAGAGCCCACUGCUGGGAAUGUCCCAAGGUGCAGCCUCCUGAGAGGACCAUCACAGGCCCUGCAGAGUUGUUCAGAACCCCAGCUCUCUCUGGCUGGCUACCCCUUGAACUACUGGGUCUCUGGACUCGCUGUGCCCAGCCACCCCCAAGAGCACUCAGGCGAGAGCUGCCCGAGGAGGCUGCUGAGGAGGAGAGAAAGGCUGAAGUUCCGAGUGAGAUCGAGGUCCCGAGGGAGGCCCUGGAGCCCAGUGUUCCCCUUAUGCUGUCUUCAGAGCUCUCCCUAGAGGCAGCUGAAGAGGAGAAGUCCCGCAUCAGCCUCAUCCCACCAGAAGAACGGUGGGCCUGGGCUGAGGUGGAACAGCCAGAACCUCCUGCGUUGCCCGUGGUGCCUGAACUCCCUGAGGUGCCCAUGGAGAUGCCUUUGGUGCUGCCCCCAGAGCUCGAGCUGCUCUCACUGGAAGCUGUGCACAGGGCAGUGGCACUGGAGCUGCAGGCCAACAGGGAGCCCGACUUCAGCAGCCUGGUGUCACCCCUCAGCCCCCGCAGGAUGGCCGCUCGGGUCUUCUACAUGCUUCUGGUGCUCUCAGCGCAACAGAUUCUUCGCGUGGAACAAGAAAAGCCAUAUGGUCGCCUCCUGAUCCAGCCGGGGCCCAGAUUCCACCAAGGUUAGAGUCCAUUUACAAAGCUGCCAGGAAACCGGCCACUUCUAGUAAACCAUGUCAUGGCUCACUGGGUCCUGCUUACUUCAUUUCUGAAUGUGCAUUUCCAGCCUUCUUGCUCUCAAAGCUAUUGUUCAAGCAGAAAACAAGCUGCUUUUAUUACAGUA